AUGCCUCCUAACACGAAACCACGCAGAAUACGCAAGGUCAAAUGCGACGAGGCCAAGCCUCACUGUACUCGAUGUACUUCUACUGGGCGAAAAUGCGACGGCUACAGUCCUCCACCUAGCCGGACACCGUCACCCAGUAGUACCGCGCUUAUGGAACGACCAGACCUAUUCAAAUCAGUGGCGGAGAAGCGAAGCUUUUCCUUCUUCCAGAGUCGAGCGUCUACGCAACUCGCCGGUCAGUUUCAUAUGCUGUUCUGGUCGAACGAGGUGCUACAAGCCGCCAUUCACUAUCCUUCGGUUCGACACUUAGUCAUCGCCUUAGGAUCCGCAUACGAGUGGUUCGAAAACAGAGCUCCGAGAUGCGCAAAUGCCGCUGACAGCAGUGGAGGAAUGCAGUUUGCCAUGCAGCAGAGCAAUCAUGCUAUUCGAUACAUGGGAGAUGUCUUCUCUUUGCAAGGCGCUGAUGGCCAGUCAAUAGAGAGAAUUUGCUGUAUACUGACUGCAUCCAUAUUAUUCACGUAUCUUGCCAGCCUCCAGGGGAACCUGCUUCAAGCUAUACAGCAUGUACGCUCAGGGCUAAGAGUUCUGCAAGACUUCGAAUCUAUGGAUCACUUCAGUGGACCUCGAAGUCCUUCAUACCCAGUCCCGGUGUUGAGAUUACGCACUCUACUGAUCUCCAUCUAUGGACAGGUGCGAACCAUGAUCAACGACGAGUCGCUCUUGAAGUGGCACCAUGAUCCAUUGAUCUCUCAUUUGGAGCCUGUGAGCUACUUUAUGUCGGUGGACGAAGCUCAUGGGUACGUCGAGCGGCUUUUCCACAAUCUACAGGCUUUCCUGCAGGCCACAGAGCGUUUCCCUCCAAGGACGAUUGAAGAACUCACCGCAUUUGCUUCCCGGCGCAAACAAUUACGCAGUGCCCUGACCGAUAGCUGCGAGGCGUUAGACCUUCUUGCCACGCGGUAUCAGUCGGGAAAAUCCGCAAACGAAAGCAGCGGUAUCAUCAUCCUCCGGCUCUACCACAUCCUCAUCGACAUCCGGCUAGAAAUCGAUCCUCUCAAACCCGCGAGCAGAGAGACCGCCUUUGAUAAUCUUCAGGAUCGGCUAGAGAAGAUCCUGACAUACUGCGAACACCUCGUAGAGGAGAACAACACCGUGUACAGAACACCGUCGUGUACCUCCGGUCUUGGAAUCGUCUUACCCUUACAUACAGUCGCAGCACGCAGCCGAAACCCGCAACGGCGGCGGAGAGCCCUGGAUCUCCUUCUCUCAAUCGACAGACGCGAAUGCCUGUGGGACAGUAUACUGACUGGGCGAAUUGCAACCAAGACGAUGGAAAUCGAAGAACACGCACACUCGGCGGCCAUGGCACAUAGGCUUGAGGACCAGGCGCAGGAGUUGGAUCAUGCAAGAGUGCGCGAGGUGAAGAUUGAAUUUACCGAAGAAAAGAAAGUUCUCCUCCAGUAUGUCACUGUUGGUGAUUGGAAGGUUGGCCGCCGUGGCACUCAACAUGUCAUUGAGUGGUAA